AUGGCUUGCCAAAAGAAUGGUGUGCAUCAAAGAAUAAAGGAAAAAAACAACCUUGCCAUAUUUUUCAAUUAUGACAAUCAUAGACUUAAUUUGGUUGGCGUACAUGCGGUUGAAGAAGCAAUAAUGAGUGAGAGAGAAGUUAAUGAUUCAAUAAAAGAAGGAAAUCAAAUUUGCAACGAAUGGGGUGUUAAGUUUGAAAGACGCCAAAGAAGAAAAAAAAGAAUGGAUGGAGAAAUGUCUAGAGAUGUUGGGUUAACACCAAAAGAAGAAAUGGAAAGGAUAAUAAAAAGGACUGUCGACCGUCUUUUCAAUGAAUUGAAAACAAGAAGCAUUCGAUUAAUGGAAAUUGAUGAAAAAUUUGAAUUUCUCCUUGAUGUGGAAGGGUUGUGCUUUAAUACGGAAAUCAAUCACUUAAAAGAUCAAUUUCAAUAUGAAGACAAAAACGUUUUCCCUAGUAUGCGUAUAGCAUUUCAUAUGUUGCUAACACUAGCUGUGUCUGUAGCUAGUUGUGAGAGAUCAUUCAGUAAACUUAAACUGAUUAGCUCUUACUUAAGAGCUUCGAUGGGCCAAAGCCGUCUCUGUGAUCUCGCUUUACUAAGCAUAGAGCGAGAAAUUACCGAAGAAAGUGAUUUUGACAAUGUUAUUAAGAAAUUUGCAGCAAUUAAAAAUAGAAAAAUAAAUUUGUAA